GUCUUAGCAACGACAUUAUAGCCUUCACAACGGACCAAAAACACACUUUCCACACAUUUUUAUCUUAAAAUAAACGUUGAAUAUAAAUCUUUUUAUGUGUGUGUGACUUCACCAGUUAUUCAUAUUACAGUGAAAAGAGUUUGUCCAAACCCACACCCCCCUCUCUCCUCCGUCUUUAAAGUGGUCUGCUCCGUCUUGCUGCCAUGUUGGAUGUACGCAUCGCUGCUGCAGCCGUUGCUGGAGUUACCGAAUGAAAGUUGAGCGUUUAUCCGCCUACAAACACUCAGAGAGUCUGUAAUCUUUAAUUUAACACCAAACGGAGAAGUUACGUGUCUUUGUUCAAGCAGGAGCAAGCCUGGAAAACACCUCCCCGGUCCUCCUGGUCCUCCUCCUCCUCCUCCUCCUCCUCCAGCCCGGAGUAGUCGGGCUCAGCAGCGGAGAUGAUCCGGUUGCAGGCCAUAGCAACCGGAGCCCGCAUGGAUGUUCUGUAAUUACUAGGUGUUUGCUGAGAUAACUGCAUCGUUUCGGGGUUCACGUAGAAGACUUCGGAGCCAUGAACAGCCACCCGCCGCCUCGCAGGGCUGCUAACACCGGCUCCAUCCUCCUGACCCCGCAGGAGAACGAGUGUCUGUUCGGCUACCUCGGCAGGAAAUGCGCCAGUCUGUGUUCGGCGGUGGUCCAGGUGUACGCCUCAGACCGGAGCUGCUGCUGGGUGAAGAGGUGCUGUGGAGUGGCCUGUCUGGUCAAAGACAACCCACAGAGGUCCUACUUCAUCAGAGUGUUUGACAUCAAGGAAGGGAAAACCAUGUUUGAACAGGAACUGUACCACAACUUCUCCAUCAGCAGCUCCAGAUCCUACUUCAUCUCAUUCACAGGAGAUACUUGUCAGAUCGGUCUGAAUUUCGCCAGCGAAGAAGAGGCCAAAAGAUUCAGAGCCGCCAUCAACGACCUGCUCAACCGACGACAACGCAAAACUGAGAAGAGAGGUGACCCUAAAAAUGGUCCAGCUCUGCACAUUGCCACGGUGGACAUCAAGAACCCGGAGAUCAACAAUGUCCGAUUCCACAACUCCCACAGCCACCAGCAGCCCUACCACCUCAACAACAUGCUGAGCCACAGCGGCCUCAACAGGAAGGACAAGAAGACCAAAGGCAAGAAGAAGAAGCUGACCAAGGCCGACAUCGGCACGCCCAGCAACUUCCAGCACAUCGGUCACGUGGGCUGGGAUCCAAACACAGGUUUUGAUCUGAACAACCUGGACCCUGAACUCAAGAACCUGUUCGACAUGUGCGGCAUCUCAGAGGCUCAGCUGAAGGACCGAGAGACGUCCAAGGUAAUCUACGACUUCAUCGAGAAGAAGGGAGGAGUGGAGGCCGUCAAGAACGAGCUGAGGAGGCAGGCACCCCCUCCACCUCCUUCUCGUGGCGGCCCUCCUCCUCCUCCUCCGCCCCCACACAACUCAGCUCCGCCCCCACACAACUCGGCUCCGCCCCCUCCUCCUCCCCCGUCCAGAGGGGGCCGGGGAGCACCUCCUCCACCUCCUCCGUCCAGAGCCCCCGCCUCAGCUCCUCCUCCUCCGCCUCCCUCCAGACCAGGAACUCUGGGUGCCCCGCCUCCUCCGCCUCCUCCCACCAGGGGAAGUCACCAGCCCCCUCCUCCUCCCCACCAUCACCACCAACACCACCACCACCACCAGCCUCCCCCCCCUCGUCCUCCGUCUUCCUUGCACUCUUCUAUCUCCCCCCAAGCCCCGCCUCCUCCACCUCCCCCGAUGACCCAGCAGUCUCCAGUAGGCGGCGGUGGCGGUGGCGGCCCCGCCCCUGCCCCUGCUCCACCUCCACCGCCUCCUCCUCCACCUCCACCUCCCCCUCCGGAGCUGGACGGCGUCGGUGGAGGCGGAGACUCCCCUCAUUCGCCGAGUCCCGGUGGGAAGUCGUUGCUGCUGGAGCAGAUCAGAGGAGGAACUCACCUGAAGAAGGUGGAGCAGAUCAACCGAGCGCCGGCCUCCGGUGUGGGACGAGAUGCCCUGCUGGACCAGAUCCGACAGGGAAUCCAGCUCAAGAACGUGCCGGAUCAACCAGAGUCCGGACCUCCAUCGGCGGCUCCCACCGCGGGCAUCGUCGGCGCUCUCAUGGAAGUGAUGCAGAAGAGGAGCAAAGCCAUCCAUUCCUCAGACGACGACGAGGAUGACGACGAAGACGAGGACUUCGAAGACGACGACGAGUGGGAGGACUAGUGAAGAUGUCUCUCCCCUCCCCCCCCCCCCCCCCCCCCCCCCACCCCCCCUGCACCUACCGCUGACACUAAAAUAUCCUCUAAAAAAAUCUUCCAGCAUCUGACUAAAAUUGUAAUGUAAAUGUUGUAUGAAUUGGCUGUAUAUUUAUUUUUGCCUUUUUGUUUUGUUUUGUUUUUUUAUGAUUAAUCUGUGCAAUACCUCAUCUGUUAAAUCUGUCACGUUCGUCACACGUCCUCAUCGUUAAAAGACUCUUUCAUCCUGUCAUUAGAAAGCACUUAACGCCGCCAUCAGCACAAUGUGGAGACGCAGCCGGCUACAUUUCAUUAUCACUAAUAUAAAACACUAGCUGCUCCACUGAGAGGAGUCUGAACCGGAGUCUUCAUGGGCUCUUUGGGAAAUAUUUUUUGUGUUUCAUUUCUUCGUGUUUUCAUUCCUCGUCAAGGAAACUGAAAAGGGAGACGUACGUGCGACCAAACAGGCAGGAUCCUCUUUGUGUUUGACAGCGGUCGGUUUAAAUGCGAGAUAACACUAUUUUCUUACCGUGCUUCUUUUCGUACCUCCGAGUUUCCUAAUAAAUUGUAGUUUAGUCGUGUUAUUUUUUCAUAAAUCCUUUUGACCAAAACGCGGCGGCUCAGUCGCCUCAACGUGGAUUUUCAACUUUGAUUUUUUUAUGAAGUUAAAGCCGUUUAUUUGCACACCGUUUAUAUGAUAGUUCAGUUUUGUGUUUUUCAGGUGUGCGUUUGUCAAGUAAUUUUUAUUAUGUUUCAAGCAGGUUACAGUGACGAUGGACACUUUUAAAAAGCUAAAGGUUUUGCAAUAUCGUGACCUUUUAAAUGGGACUACGAACGAUGUUUCACUCUCUUUGGCUUAAUACGAAAACAUGUCCACACACAUUAACUUGCACACACACACACACACACACUGUGGCAUUUGUGAAAUGAUGGAGGUUUUGUUCUUAAUGUCUGGUUGGUUGUUUUUGUUGUGACAUCAUUCCGUUAUUUCCUGCAGGAGGAAACAUCCACAGCGCUCCGGUCGGUAUUUCAAACAUCAUGCAAAAAAAAAGAUUAAAAUAUCAUUCAUCCUCUUCCAGUUAACAAACUAUAAUUUUAUGCAAUGCGACUGUAAAUGCCUCCUCAUGGAGGAGAAUUUAAAAAAAAAAAGCAAAUAAUAA